AUGCCCAACACUUUGACAUUGUUCAAAGCAAAUUGCACCCUUGCAGACAGUUGGUUACAAGCUUUCGACGCUCACGCUGUUGCUGUGCAGGGUAACUUGAUCAUCACGACACCCAACAUGCAUUUUGUCCCAGAACUUCACCAUUUUGAUGGCCUCAGGCCUACGACGAUGCUUUUUGCCAUGCUGUUUGCAUUCCUCGAAAGGAGGCAUUUCCAUUCCCUCACCCACUACAUUGAGCUUGGUUUACCCCUGCCCAGGAUGACCUCAAGCCCAUCCCUGGGAAUUCAUUUCCUGUGGGCAUACUGGCUUCGGAUAAGGUCGACAGAUUAUAAUCUCUCUUCAAACUGGCGGAACAAUGACUCUGUAAUUACAGAAAGGCCCAGCCGGACAGAGGCCACACUAUAUACAGCCGUCUCUUGUCCCUCCGACUAUGCCGUUGCACGCUUGAAGUCACACCCCCUCACUUUUCAUGAUCUUCUCAUUUUCAUUACCAACGCUCAGCACCUCUUUCUCGACAUAUACUCUUAUAUUGACUGGAUGCUCAUAGCUCAUCCUCUCACUACUUUGGGCCUUCGUCAUGAUGUUCACGGUGAAUGGAUGGGUGGUUUCAUUCAGAGUAGCAACAUCUGCGAGAAGUUGUUCUGCACUGGUGUCCCUGUUUGGUAUGUUCAUGCAAGUUCAUACAUUCCACAAAACAUGAAGGUCAUUGAGCCUGUUUUACUUACACGUCCGGAUCACAUCAUCAUUUCCAUGUAUGCAGAGGGCAGGAAAGUUCCCCCAUUCGAAGUUAUAUACCAUGGUCCCAAUGGUUGUGAUCGUCAUGUGCACAUUCGCUGCCUAUAUGCAGGCACAACAUACCUGGACCCUGAGGUAGCCACCCCUCAACCAUUAUCCAGCUCGAAUCAUGGUCCUAAAUCAUCUACUCUUGGCAAGGUGCCUUCUCAACAGAAGGGUAAGCAAAAGCACCAGCCAUACUCGGUUGAAGCUCGCCCUGCAUGUCCUAUCCAGCCAGGCGAAUCCAGGGAUAAGUGGAAAGACCCUGACAUGCCUUAUCUUCCACCACCAAACCUGCAUUGGGAGGGUGCCAUGAAAAUUGUCACUAGGGAACAGUCUCGCAUUCACACACCCUACAUUAUUUAUCGGGGGUAUAGAUUCCCCAAGCCUGCUCUUCUUAUCGGCCCCAAACUACCUGAAUGUCUGCAGGUGUAUCUUGCCAAUUGGCUUGCAUCUUGUGCGCCGUGGAUAGGCCAAGUUGAUCAUGAUUCUCCAUGCACUUAUCCCACUCCUCAACUCUGGCGCGACUUUCUUGGUAGUGUGCCUUCCGCCCAGCCGCAAUCUCUUAAGGAGAAAGAUCCUGACAGAAAAGGUCUUAUGGCUACCGAGAAGCGGAAGCAAGUAAUGUGGGACUUGUUUGGUGACAAUUUAUUAGAAACUCAGGGCGAUAUAUUUUCCCCAGAAGGAGUUGUUGAAUAUUGGGGUGAACAAAUCCCAGUCACCACCCUCGCUAAUCCUCCCACACUUCUGGCCCAGAAGGUCACAUGGGAGCUAUUUGAACUUGGCUUUCGAUAUGAGUUGAGGGAUCUUGAUCAGUUACUUGGCACAGGGAGAAUGGAAAAAUGA